AUGGAGGAGGAGAAGGAGAAGGAGAAAAAGACAGAGCUCAAGUGGGCGGCCAACAAGAAAAGUCCCCGCUUCCAAUUGACAUGGCAGUUGCGACCUGUUAAAUUGCCUACUUCUUACGUUUUUCCUUCUUCCACAAAUGUGUUCUUUAUCUUCAUCUCUCCUCACGAGGACCUCUUGCUCAUUGAAUCUUGUUUAGGCGCAACCCACAGUCACAAAAGUAUUGGGCACGAUCACAUCACCGGAAUGGCCGCGAGCACCGAAGGCUCCCUCGUCCAGCUACGCGAUGGAGCUCGCUUAUACGUUAAAAUAUUGGGGGACAACGACAAGUCUAAACAGCUGGUGGUUGUUCUGCACGGGGGCCCUGGUGUAGCUGACCACAGAGAGCCAGAGGCCUCAUUCGGAUUCCUAUCAUCUCGGUUUCGGGUCUUGGUAUACGAUGCACGGGGCAGCGGACGCAGCGACCUCAAAGGACCUUAUACCCAUGACCGGUGGGCUGCAGAUAUCGACGAACUUAGAAUAUGGGCUGGCUCAGAACCAAUCAUCCUGGCUGCCGGCUCCUAUGGUGGUUGUAUCGCCCUCGAGUAUGCCAUCAAAUACCCCAACCACGUAUCAGCUCUUAUCCUCAGAGGAAUAUGGGCAUCCGGCCCUAAGGGCGCCAUGUAUCGCCUCAAAUCAGUUCUCACAUCUCCUCGAGUGAAGGUCGAUCCAGAUCGCCAGUACCGAUCCUGGACGGGCACUUUACAAAACAACAACGAUCUUUUAGCCAGUGUCACCGAAAUCUCCCCCAUUUACACAACAGAAAAGCCCAAGAGCAGUUCUACCCCGACCUUCCUAGAUCCAAGAAAGCUGAUCCUGCAUUACGAAACGCACAACUUCGCCAUGAGCUACAAUCAGCCGCGGUACGAUGUGCGGCCAAAACUGGGAGACAUCUCGGCGCCAACUUUGAUCCUUGUCGGACGGCAUGACCAUGUUGCGCCUGUGGAAUUUAGUGAGGAAAUACACGGUUUGAUGCAGAACUCCCAGUUGACUGUUUUUGAAAACUCUUCGCAUGGCCCGCCUACAGAGGAGCCGGAGACGUUCCAGCAGAGAGUGAAUAUGUUCCUCGACUAUUAUCGGCUAUAA